GGUUUUGCCACGUACAGGUCGCUGUGAGUGAGGCGUUUCUGAUCAGUCAGUCAGGCUUCGCUCAGCUGAAGUCCAGGACACACAGGCUGCUGCUGGGAUUAAAACGUCGAGACCACCAGCAGUAUGAAUGGCCAGCUGGACCUGAGUGGGAAGCUGAUCAUUAAAGUUCAGCUGGGGGAUGAUAUCCGCCGGAUCCCCAUCCACAAUGAAGACAUCACCUAUGAUGAGCUCCUGCUGAUGAUGCAGCGUGUCUUCCGUGGGCAGCUUCAAAGCAGCGAUGAGGUCACAAUCAAAUAUAAGGAUGAAGAUGAUGACCUUAUCACCAUCUUUGACAGUUCUGAUUUGUCCUUUGCUAUCCAGUGCAGUAGAAUAUUGAAGCUUACUCUUUUUGUGAAUGGGCAGCCACGGCCACUGGAGUCUUCUCAGGUGAAGCAUCUGCGUAGAGAACUGAUCCAUUUGAGGAAUAAAGUGAACAGCCUGCUGGACAGCCUGGAGCCACCCUCAGAGUCUGUCCUAGAAAGCACCAACCCAGAAACCGAAUAUUUGAAUGAAGCAGUAGAUUCAACAGUGAAGAUGGCUCCUCCGGUCAGUGCUGCUAGCAUGUCUGCAUUUGACCCACUGAAAAACCAGGAAGAGGUCAACAAGAAUGUCAUCUCAGCAUUUGGCCUGUCCGUGGAACCUGCCCCAGUUCCAGAUGUAGCUGCCACCGCUGCUGCAGAGGAGCGCUCUGCUACUCCAGACAGUAUUGCUUCAUCUUCGGCAGCACUGCCUCCUGCUGUGGCCCCCCAGGCCCCCCCACCUUACUCAGGGGUCCAACAACCUUCCUCUGCUGCUGUGGAUGGGCAGAUGUAUCAGCAGUAUCAGGCUCCAGGUGGAUACCCUCCGCAAGCUGGACCUCAGCAGUACGGGAUGCAGUACUCGGCGGGUUAUAACCCUCAGCAUACCCCUCAGCCUGGUGCUCCUCAGGCUCCUCCCCCUCAACAGCAGUUCCAGAAUUACCCCACCCCUACUUCUCAGGCUGCUGGUGCUCCUGGCUCCGCCCCUGGGUUUUCUGGCCAAUCACAACCUCCUGCUCCCCAGGGACCAGCCCAUUAUACACCCGGAGCAUUUGUGCCUCAAAACUACACAUCCCAGGCCUCUCAGCAGCCAGCUAACUAUAGCCUGCCUCCAACAUCCCAGGCCACAGGGGGUUAUCAACCCCGGCCUGGAUACACUCCUCCGCCUGGCGCCACACCUCCCCCCGGGGGUGCUAACCCCUAUGCCCGAAACCGCCCUCCUUACGGCCAGGGCUACACCCAGCCAGGCCCUGGUUAUCGGUAAAAGCCCUUUACUGUCUCCACAGCACCUGUGGGGUUUUCUCUGUCUCCAACACAUCAGUCCUGUUGUUACCCCAAAUCACCCAUCACCCCAAAUCUGUGUUUGACAUCCUAAUAUCGUGUUUUUGUUCUUUAGGUGAAUGUUGAUGAAUGUUUGUGAGAACAAAAAUGAGCUAGUAUGAUUGUUUAUGUGUGUUUGCACACAUAGGAGACCAAACGAUAUGGCAGUGGAUAGCUGUGUCUGUUGUGUGAGAAUGUGUGUGCAUUUUAUUUUAUCACCGGUCUCCUCAUUGGUGUUAUUUUGUCAUAAACCAUACAUCAUCAUAUGGUCUCUGUUUAAACACUAUAAAAAUAUAAUCUUAAGUAAAAUUUGUUUAGUUUUCUUUAAUCUCUUUUUCAUAGUCCUUUUGUCCUGGUUUUAAUAACCCCUAACUGGCCCUCUGCAGUGAAGCCUGUCAUUUCUGUAUAAAUUGUAACAUCGUUUUCAGGAAGUGAAUAAAAAAUUUGAGAGUGAAAA